UUCAUGUUGAUAUAGCAAAGCUGCUGCACACCCACGCUCAAUUUUCAAUCAAAUUAAAAUCGGUAAAUAUUUCCUUUUCUCUGAAUCAAAAUUCAUUGAUUUAUUCCGCAUAUUUGGUUGUUGUCGUCUUCGUCGUUGAAAGUUAAUUUUAUUGUGUUAAAGAAAUGGACGACGAAGACAAUCAAUCAUCAUCCGAUACUUUGAAAAGAAAACUUGAUGAACACCAACAACAACAACAACAGCCGGGUGAUGAGAAUAAAAAAUUAAAAACAAAUAAUCAAUCUGAUCAGCCAAUACCAUCAUCAUCAUCAUCAAAUGAUUCAUUGGAAGAGAUAAAAAUUGAUUCAAUUGAAUUGAAUUCAUUAUUUCUGAACGAAUUGGAUGAAUUGAGAAAAUCCUACAAAGAAUCUACCGAAUUAAAAUCUGAACAUUCUGCUACAAUCAUAAACAAACCAUUCAAAGUUGUACAAUUUCAUAAUUUCAUCGAAAAUGAUCAACUAAUUUUGCCACAAAUUCUUCAUGCUGCUAACACUACUCCAUUACAAAGACGUUCGAAUGAUCUUUAUUCAUUACAACAAUCACGUGAUUUAAAAAAUUAUCCAUCAUUGAAAAAUAUUGUUGAAUUUUUUCAGAUUAAAGUAAAAUCAUUUUUAGAAAAUUUAACCGGAUUACAGCUAAACAAUAACGUAGCCUUAACAUUUUCAAAAUAUGAACAAAACGAUUAUCUCCUUUGUCAUGAUGAUCAACUUGAACAACGUAAAAUUGCAUUCAUUUUAUAUCUAGUCGAUGAACAAUGGUCCGAUGUUGAUGGUGGUCAAUUGGAAUUAUUUGCAACCGAAUCGACCCCAUCAUCAUCUAAAGAUGAACAACAAUAUGAUCAGCAACCAUCCGAAAUAGCGGCCCGUUUAAUACCAAAAUCAAAUACAUUGGCAUUUUUCGAAGUAAAUCGUUCAUCAUUUCAUCAAGUCGGUGAAAUACUAACUGAUCGAUCACCACGUUGGUCAUUGAAUGGUUGGUUUCAUUCGGACGAUGUUAUUGUUGGUGAACAGCAUUUUCUUUAUCCACAAUUACCAACAUUUCCUGAAAGUGAAAUUCUUGAAGAUGAUCUGACCGAACAUUUUCCGCAAUGGAUAAAUCCAAUAUUUUUACAAAAUUUCAUACAAAAACAGAUUCGUUUAAGUUUUAAAAGAAAUUCCGAGAUUCAAUUGAAAAAUUUUUUAAAUGAAGAUAAAUAUGAACAAAUUCAAUCGGCAUUAUCGUCCGAAUCGGUACGGAAACUUUGGCAUAAAAAUUAUCGGCCAUUAUUUUUUCGUAAUCAUAUUAUUCGUCAUGAUGAAGAUUUUCAAAAAUUACCCGAUAUUCUUAAAGAAUUUUAUUUAUUAAUUAAUUCAAAAAAUUUUUAUAAAUUAAUCACAACAAUGACUGGUGUUACGUUUGUUGACAAACGUAAGUCGUCAAAAAAUCAAAAUGGAAACGCUAACAACAACAAUGAUGAUGAGGAUGUUCAAUUGAUAAAAGAACAACCAUCUACUUCAUCAUCAUCAUCAUCAACAACAGCAACAACGACAUCAGAAACGAAAACAAAAUUUGAUUAUAAAACUCGUGGUGCAAUAAUCGAAUGGGAUCAUGGUGAUUAUUCAUUAUCAUCGGAUAUUAACCCUGAUAUUAAUGAACGUGCAUUGGAUUUGGAUUUCUUUUUCAAUGUGCCAAGAUUACAGGCGAAAAGUACGAAAAAAUUUGGUGAUCAAGAAAUUAUUGAUAUUUCCGAUGAUGAUGAUAAUGGUAAAAGUGAAGAUGAUGAUGAAAAACCGGUUACAACAAAAGAAAAUAAAUCAGAUAAUGCCAAAGAAUCAAAUAAUCCAACAAACAAGCCGAAAGAAGAAGAAAAACAAAAUGAAAAUGAAUCAAAAUCGGAAGCAAAUAAAAUUUCGAUAAAAGAACCAGAGCUGAUUGAAUUGGAUAGCGAAGAUGAUGAUGACAUUGAAUUUGAUGAAGAAAAUGAAGACGACGAAGACGAAGAUGAAGAUAAUGAGGAUGAUGAAGAAUAUGAUGACGAAGAUGAAAUGGAUGAUCAUUAUCGUCAUCUACAUGGUGGUGAUGAUAAUCAUCAUUCAACAACAACAACAGCAAAAGGUGGUGGUUAUAUUGCCUAUAUAACCGAUGAUUCCGAUGAACAAGUAUUAGAAAUUGAACCAAAUAACAAUGUUCUGAAUAUUGUUUAUCGUAAUUAUCAAUGUCAACGUUUUAUGAAAUAUAUUGAUCAUUCUAAUUUACGUACACCAUUUCAACAUAUAUCGAUUAUAUUUACUGAUCAAAAUUGAUCGUAUGUCUAUGAUGGUUGAAUUUUUUUGCAUUAUUAUAAUUAUAAUUAUUGUAUUCAAUGAAAUAAAAAAGGAUGAGAAAUUUU